AAGCAGAAGCCUUUGACGCAAAGCAUCAUCCACUUCGAAAUCUCUCUUCCAUCAUUCCUUCUUUAGUUUCCUUCCUCUCUCAGCCACAAUCUCUGCCUUUUUAUACCGCAAUUCAUCAUCCUCUUCCCGAAACACUAUGUAGUAUGUAUGUAUCGCCCGCAUUUCUCUUCAAUUCUCCAAAUUCACCCCGGAAAUUCCCUGCAUUCGAGGCAUAGAAGUUGAAAUCUGCGUCGGUGAAAAUGCAUGGCAUCGAUUUCAAAGGGAUCCAGGAGAAGCUCUCCGAGGGCUUCCGGCCGUGGCAACGCUCGGUUCAGUUCUGGGUUCGUGCCGCUGAUAUCUACACCGGCUACAAGAUGUUUCAACUUCGAGUAAGUUUGGUGAAGGAUGCGAAGAAGCAGGAGGAUUUGUGGGAGCGGCAACAUGAGUUUGCUGCUGAGAAAAUUUACGCUAUGUGCUCUGACCUGGGCGGGUUCUUCCUUAAGGUUGCACAAAUCGUAGGGAAACCAGACCUGGCACCGGCCGCGUGGGUGAGAAAGCUCGUUACAUUGUGUGAUCAAGCUCCUGCUACUCCAUUCCACGACAUCCAAGUUGUCCUGGAGAAGGAGUUAGGUCAAAGCAUCGGUGAAACGUUUGAAAGCUUCGACGAGAAUCCUAUCGGGUCUGCAUCUAUUGCUCAGGUUCACCGAGCAAGAUUGAAGGGCGACAAGAGCGAUGUUGCGGUAAAGGUUCAACAUCCCGGCGUCGAGAAAUUGAUGAUGACAGAUAUAAGAAACUUGCAAGUAUUUGCCUUAUGCAUUCAAAAGACAGAUGUCAAAUUCGACAUUUACUCCUUAACAAAGGAAAUGGAAACACAGAUUGGGUAUGAAUUCGAUUUCACGAAGGAAGCCAAUGCAAUGGAGAAAAUUCGAUGUUUUCUGUAUAAGAACAAUAGAAAGAGUCCUGUUUUGGUUCCCAGGGUGAUUCAAGAUAUGGUGACCAGGAGGGUAUUGGUAAUGGAGUACAUUAACGGGACCCCAAUCUUAAGUCUUGGCGAUGAAAUGGCUAAGAGAGGGAUAAAUCCUCGUGGUAAGCUUGCCGAGAGAGCAAAGCACAAUAUACUGAAAAGUUUAUCCCGAGCAUACGGUGAAAUGAUACUGAAAAGUGGUUUCUUUCAUGCGGAUCCACAUCCCGGAAACAUCUUGAUUUGUAAAGGUUCAGAGGUUGCGCUGCUGGACUACGGGCAAGUGAAGGAUCUCCCCGACAAUCUACGACUUGGUUAUGCGAAUCUUGUCAUCGCCAUGGCUGAUAACGACGCUGUGCGAGCUUCUCAGAGCUUUCGGGAACUCGGAUUAAGUACAUUAUGCAAGUGCGAGAACGAGCGAGAAGAGAUUCUAAAGUUAGCACAGACGAUGUUCGAUACGAAGAUGCCUCCGGGUGUCCGAAUUCUGCAACCGUUCUCGGAAGACUCCUCCCUCAAAAGAAUCUCGGUCGAGGCAUUCCCCGAGGAACUAUUCUCGGUUCUCCGCACGGUAAAUCUGUUAAGAGGGCUCAGCGUCGGCCUCGGGCUCAACUACUCGGCUGCUGAACAAUGGAAAUCUAUCGCGGAAGAAGCGCUUCUUCUUUCACCCGAAAACCGACAUUUUUCGGGUUCGGAUAGGACGCGAAAAUCUUCGGGUAGAAGGAUUUCGCUGAGAAGAUUAUUACUCGGCGGAGGAGAUUGAAAACGCAGUCGCGGAAUAAAUUUUUUUGCGUUCAUCCGAAUCGCUUUUAUUGUUCUGUGCGGUUAGCUAUAUAUUUUUACAGUUUACUGCUCUCUAUCAUACAGUAUGUUAUACUUGAGGCAUACUUUAUUCUUUUUCCCCCGCG